AAGUCAGUCGAGCGCCGAUCCUUCAACGUUAAAGUCGCGCGCCGUUCUUGUACCCAGUUCAGUUCGGUUCAUCUCUCCCGAAGGUGGUAGAGAGGAAUAAGGUUGAGCUUUGCUGGAUAUUGGAGGUGGAGAGAAGGAAGGGUCGUCCUAAGUCCUUCGGAGAUAUAUAAGUUGAAGUUGAAAUCGUAGGGUUUGAGAAUUUGUGCAAAGAAACGGGGAUAUUAGGGUGGUGUAUAUUCAGGAUUUUUUGAUCAGUCCUUAAAAAAUAUCUAUUGGGGGUUUCCAUAGUGUUUUCCGAAGGUUCUCUUGGCGGGAACUCAAUACCGCCCUCCCAUUAAGUUCAUCGAGUGACAACGGUAACCUGUACCCAAGUGUCGGGGGCACUACAUUGAAGAAAUUCUAGUGAAUUAUUAUUUUUGUUGUUGAAAAUUCUCUAAUAUGAGAUUAUAGUGCGAGAUUGAGAAAGAAAAAAUUGUGUAACAGUUGGUGAAGAGUUUUUCAUCAUCCUUGGUAAAUUUUUUCAUUGAAGAAAAUCCAGGAGGAAUAAAGUGCGUUAAGUGAUUUGGCCAGAGAGAAGAUAUCCUGUGCUUUAGUGGGUGAGAAGAAGCCUAGAAGGAUCAUUUUGAAUAUAUAAAGAGGACAUUCUACCCUCAAAUUCCCUGUUCGAUUGCUACGUAGAAAGAGGACCCAGUAAAUCCUACAAAUACGAAAGAGUUUUGUUGCGAGCGAGUGUGACGGGAAAGCAAGAGAGAGAGUCUGUUGGUUAGGAUUCUAGCCUCGAUAUUUUAAGCUACUAUAGGACAAAUUAGAAUUUAUUUUUGGAUUUUACAAUAAUAUAUUGUUGCGCAACCCCAUUUUCGAGGCGCACACGGACAUGUCAGACAAGCAUGGAAGGACGGACUCGUACCGAGUCGCCACUGUGGCAGCAGUGCAAGACGAUAAUCUCACUGCGGAUGGGAUGUACAAGUCUCGGCGCAAAAUGGCGAAGGCAGCAAAGAAGGCGAAAGGAGAUAAUUUGGAUGAUUUGAAACAAGAAUUAGAUAUCGAUUAUCACAAAAUCUCUCCCGAAGAACUCUAUCAGAGAUUUCAAACACAUCCAGAAAAUGGUCUCAGUCAUGCUAAGGCCAAGGAGAAUUUGGAACGAGAUGGACCGAAUGCAUUGACACCUCCCAAACAGACACCUGAAUGGGUGAAAUUCUGCAAAAAUCUGUUUGGUGGCUUCGCCCUCUUGCUCUGGAUCGGUGCAAUUCUCUGCUUUAUCGCCUAUUCCAUUCAGGCCAGCACGAGUGAGGAGCCAUCCGAUGAUAAUCUCUUUCUCGGUAUCGUACUUGCCGCUGUCGUCAUAGUUACAGGCAUUUUCUCUUAUUAUCAGGAAUCAAAGAGUUCCAAAAUUAUGGAAUCAUUCAAGAACAUGGUGCCCCAAUUUGCAACAGUCAUCCGCGAAGGUGAAAAACUCACUCUGCGUGCUGAGGAUUUAGUGCUCGGUGAUGUUGUUGAAGUCAAAUUUGGCGAUAGAAUACCCGCUGAUGUGCGCAUCAUUGAGGCUAGGAACUUUAAGGUCGACAAUUCAUCUCUAACUGGCGAAUCUGAGCCCCAAUCACGAGGACCCGAAUUCACGCAUGAAAAUCCCCUGGAAACUAAGAAUUUGGCUUUCUUCUCCACAAAUGCCGUUGAGGGUACUGCAAAGGGUGUUGUGAUCAGUUGCGGUGAUCACACUGUGAUGGGUCGUAUUGCUGGUUUGGCAUCGGGUCUGGAUACUGGUGAGACACCAAUUGCCAAGGAAAUUCAUCAUUUUAUCCAAUUGAUUACUGGUGUUGCUGUCUUCUUGGGUGUCACAUUCUUCGUUAUUGCCUUCAUUUUGGGCUACCAUUGGCUGGAUGCUGUUAUUUUCUUGAUUGGUAUCAUUGUGGCCAAUGUGCCGGAGGGUUUGCUGGCCACUGUGACUGUCUGCUUGACAUUGACGGCCAAGAGGAUGGCAUCGAAGAAUUGUCUGGUGAAGAAUUUGGAGGCUGUGGAGACACUUGGAUCAACAUCGACAAUUUGUUCAGAUAAGACUGGUACAUUGACGCAGAAUCGGAUGACAGUUGCCCAUAUGUGGUUUGACAAUCAGAUCAUUGAGGCUGAUACGACUGAAGAUCAAUCGGGUGUACAGUAUGAUCGUACGAGUCCGGGCUUUAAGGCACUGUCGAGGAUUGCGGCAUUGUGCAAUCGGGCUGAAUUUAAGGGUGGUCAGGAGGGUGUGCCGAUUUUGAAGAAGGAAGUCAGUGGUGAUGCAUCAGAGGCGGCUCUGCUCAAGUGUAUGGAAUUGGCACUGGGUGAUGUGAUGACCAUAAGGAAGCGCAAUAAGAAGAUUGCCGAGAUUCCAUUUAAUUCAACAAAUAAGUAUCAAGUGUCAGUGCAUGAGACAGAAGAUUCGGGUGAUCCGAGGUAUUUGUUGACAAUGAAGGGGGCUCCAGAGAGGAUUCUCGAACGUUGCUCGAGUAUUUUUAUCAAUGGGAAGGAAAAGGUGUUGGAUGAAGAGAUGAAGGAGGCAUUUAAUAAUGCAUAUUUGGAACUUGGUGGUUUGGGAGAGCGUGUCUUGGGUUUCUGUGAUUUUAUGCUGCCAUCAGAUAAAUUCCCUACAGGAUUCAAAUUUAACACAGAUGAUCCCAAUUUCCCACUCGAUAAUCUCCGUUUUGUCGGUCUGAUGUCCAUGAUUGAUCCACCGCGUGCUGCUGUCCCAGAUGCCGUGGCCAAGUGCCGUUCGGCCGGUAUUAAAGUGAUAAUGGUGACUGGUGAUCAUCCGAUCACAGCUAAAGCCAUUGCAAAAUCCGUGGGCAUUAUCUCAGAGGGCAAUGAAACAGUCGAGGAUAUUGCACAACGUCUCAAUAUCCCUGUUUCCGAGGUCAAUCCACGUGAAGCUAAGGCCGCUGUUGUGCACGGAUCUGAGCUUCGUGAAUUGUCAUCGGAUCAACUCGACGAGAUAUUGCGCUAUCACACUGAGAUUGUCUUUGCCCGUACGUCGCCACAGCAGAAAUUGAUUAUUGUUGAGGGGUGCCAGCGUAUGGGGGCUAUUGUGGCCGUAACUGGUGAUGGUGUCAAUGAUUCGCCAGCUCUCAAGAAGGCCGAUAUUGGUGUUGCUAUGGGCAUCGCUGGAUCCGAUGUGUCCAAACAGGCUGCUGACAUGAUCUUGCUGGACGAUAACUUUGCAUCAAUUGUCACUGGCGUAGAGGAGGGUCGUCUGAUUUUCGAUAAUCUCAAGAAAUCUAUUGCUUACACACUGACAUCAAACAUUCCCGAAAUCUCACCAUUCUUGGUAUUCAUCUUGUGCGAUGUUCCACUGCCACUUGGAACUGUAACAAUUUUGUGCAUUGAUUUGGGAACUGAUAUGGUACCGGCCAUUUCGUUGGCCUAUGAAGCUGCCGAAGCCGAUAUUAUGAAAAGACCACCAAGAGAUCCCUUCAACGAUAAAUUAGUAAAUUCCAGGUUGAUCUCAAUGGCAUACGGUCAAAUUGGUAUGAUUCAGGCAGCUGCUGGAUUCUUCGUGUACUUUGUGAUUAUGGCUGAAAAUGGAUUUUUGCCACAGAAACUCUUUGGCAUUCGAAAGAUGUGGGAUUCCAAGGCUGUUAAUGAUUUAACUGAUUCCUAUGGUCAAGAAUGGACCUAUCGCGAUCGCAAAACACUCGAAUUCACUUGUCAUACUGCUUUCUUCGUGUCCAUCGUGGUUGUACAAUGGGCUGAUUUGAUCAUCUGCAAGACCCGCCGUAAUUCCAUUGUGCAUCAGGGAAUGCGCAAUUGGGCUCUCAAUUUCGGCCUUGUGUUCGAGACGUUACUUGCGGCAUUCCUGUCAUACUGCCCGGGAAUGGACAAGGGUCUCCGAAUGUUCCCACUCAAGUUCGUAUGGUGGCUCCCAGCUCUGCCAUUUAUGUUGGCCAUCUUUGUCUAUGAUGAGACGCGUCGAUUCUAUUUGCGUCGCAAUCCAGGCGGUUGGCUGGAGCAGGAAACUUACUAUUAAAAAAAAGAAAAGAGAAAAGAAAUUUGCAGUUGCUGCACAUUCGAAACAAGUAAAAAACAAGCUAUUAGUGAAAAAACGAUUAUACUUUCUCAUCUUUCUGUUUUUUUGAAAAGAAAAAAAAUAGGAAAAAAAGAAACUUAAGGGCAAAUGAAAAUGAAACAAAAACAAAAGCAAACAACUGAUAAACAGUUGAGUGAAACUGUUUAAAAAAUUUGGUUUUCGGAAGCCUCAUUUUCUCACGCACUCUAAUGAAAGAUUGAAUGAAAGUUUAAAAAAAAAAAUAAGCAAGAAAUGAAGAUUUCAAAGUAGUUUAAAGUUAUAUAAAAAAAAUUAUUACAUUUAAGGGCAGCAAAAUUUUUUUAGUUUGACAAUAUUAUGAUUUUCUUUUCAGUUAUUAUUUUUUUCUUUUUUUUUUUAAUUGUUAAAGACAGAAAAGAGUGAAGUGGGAAAAUAAUGAUAAUAAUUGGGAUUGAAAGGGGGAAGCUGAUAAAGGUUGAUUUUUCGUGAAAAAAACAAAGGAAAGAAAAGAGGAUCAUCAGAAACCAACCACCGUAAAGAAAUGAAUAUUUAAUUGUAAAUGAGGGAAGAUGAAAAAAAAAACAAAAUAUUGGAUAAAUAUAGCAAAGAAUUUUUUUUGCAUGAAAUGCAAAAAAAAAAUGAAAAUCUUUAUAAUGCAAUAGAGAAGAAGAAAAAUCAUUUAUUUUAAUAAUAAUUAAUUAUUUAUUGAAAGCAUGAGAAAAAAAUAAUAAUAUCCUGUAAUUGGAAUCGCGAAAGAUUUUUAAAUAUUUUCUUUUCAUCCUCAUUGAAGUUUUUUUUUUGGUUAUUUUUUAUUUUUAAUAAAUUCUGUGUCUGUAUUUUUUUUCAAUUGGAUGGGUUUUUUUUGUAGAAAGUUUUUUUAAUAAGGUUUCUUCAGGACAAUUUUAAGGAGAAACCGGCGUAUUUGAUGCUGAAAUCGAGCUGUAAAUUUUUUUUGGGAAAAAAAACAGAAAAAGGUAAAGUUAAAAUUUUUAAAAUUUCAGAUACAGGCACCCCGCGAAAAGCUGAAAAAACCAAGGUUUAAAAAGAAUAAUUAAAAAAAAACAUAAAACAAAUCAUAAAGAUACAAAAACUACUGCCUGAUUGUUGUUGUUUAAUUAUCAUUAAUAUUUCAUUUUUUAUCGUAUCGUUAAGAUUGUAAAUUUUUCUUUUCUGUGUUUUUUUUUAGUGAAUUAAAAAAUAAUUGCGAUAGACAUUUCUCAAAAUUUUUCAACACGCAAAUAAUGGGUAAGAAAAAUUAAUUUAAAAAACAAAAAAUAAACUUUCUUUUUCUUUAAAAUCGGUGAGAAAGCUUAUAGAAAAAACAAAGUAUAAUAGUAGUAAAAAAAAGAAAUUUUUAAAUUAAAAAAACUGUGUUGUUGCUGACGAGAAAAAUAAAAGAAAAAUUGAGAAAUAAUGUCUUUUUUUAGUAUUAGUGAUGAGGAAAAUGACAAAGUACAUCUUACAAAUUGGCCUGAUUUCAAUGUGAACUAGUAAAAAAAUAUUUAAAAAAAACGUACAUGCUGUUAAAAAAUAUAAAUGUGAAAAUAUUUAGGCAGUCACAAGUAAAAUUUGUCGUCACGGUUUUUUUUUAUUAUUUUUUUAAAAUUUAUUUCCGGAUUUUCUUACGGAUUUUUCGAUAUUUUUGAUUUCUAAAUUUAAUAAGAAAAAUUUAAAGAUUUAUAAAGAAAGUGUUCAAGAAGUUGCAGCUAAAACAACUUCAAUUAAAUCUUUUUCUUUGUAAUAUUUUUUUUUCUUAGAGGAGCGCGGCACACAGAAAAAAAACUAUAUAGUAUUAUAUUUUAAAAAGUAGAAUUUUUGAAGAACGAGAAGUUAAAAAAAAACAAUAUUGAGAUCAGCCGGAAUAAAGAAAAAAUUGAAUAAAUAUAAUUAUGUUACUAUUAAUUAUGUUUAAUCUUAUAUUGAAAAAAAAGUAAAAAAAAGAAAGGAAUUAAAUAAACUGUAUUUUUGUUUGCAAAAAAAAACUAUUAAAAAAAAUAGGCAGAAGUAAUGAAAGAAAAAAAUGAGAGAAUAAUAAUUAUAAAAAAAAAAUUGAAAAAAUAUAUAUAGAGGUGAGGACAAAAAAGAAAAAAAAAACAUUUUUAAAAUGGAGAAAAAAUCUAGUAGAUAUUAAAAUUAAUAAUUAUUAGAUUAAAUAAUAAAAAAAGAGAGAUAAAGAAAUUUUAAAAAAGAGCAACAAAUAAUUCUAUUAUUAUUACAUUUAAAAAAAAAAAAACAAGAGAAAAAAAACAACAAGAUGGAAUAGAACAUGAGACAGGCUUACUGCCGAAUUAAAAACAAAAAAAAAAAAGAAAAAAUAAACAAGUGGUAUGUGAACGUUUAAAUGUGAAGUGAAUAAAAAAAUAAAAAAAAUAAAAUCACAUCCGUAGAAGGCACAAGGUGUAAGAAGAGAAAAUAAUAAUAAAAAAAUUGUAUUUAGGCCUAGGACCUAAGCUAAAUAAAUGAUGAAAAAAAAAAGAUGAAACCUAUAUAUACUGCUAUUAUAAAUGAAAUAUUAAAUAAUUUAAUGAGAAGUAAUUAAAUAAAUUAAAGAGAAAAAAAAAACAUGAAACCUGCGCUUCAGCCAUCUUUUAGACAAUUUUCACAAGUGACAGAAAAAAAAUCAGAAAAAAACACUUCGAAAAAAAUCCACACGCGUCAAGUGUUAAAAGAAUAAUGAAAAUUUCAAAAAAAAAAGUAGUUUGCAAGAGAUGAAAAGUGCAAGAAAAAAAAAUUCACUCAAAUAUUUGCAAUUUAUUUUUUGUUUUUUGCUUCAGAAAUCACAGAAGAAAAAAUCACAAACACUUACACAAGAAUAGAAGUUGUUUGAACAUAUUUUCCUCGUCAGAAGAUUAAAUUUAACAAAAAAAAUGAAAAAAAAUCAAGAGUUUAAACCAUUUGCAGUGAAAAGAAAAUAAUAAAAAAAAACAAGUGUUAAUUAGCUUUAUUUUAAAAGCUAGAGAAAUUCCAAAUGAGAUUUUAGAUGGUCUCAAGACAGAAUAAAAAAAAAAAGAUUUUAUGGACAUGAAAAAAAACUCUUACAGAUCAAUAAAAGAUUUCAACAAGAUCAAAUAUUCUUGUUUUUAUUUUUACCAUUUUUGCAAAUUCCACUCCGAUUUUUUUUUGUCAAUGGUUACCGCAAAACUUGGCGAAAUGUCUCGAAAUGGAAAAGAAAAAAGUUCACUGAAAAAUGUCUAAAAACUCGAUGGCUUUGGUAGACAACCUAAGUUGGCUGAUUUUUCUACUCUCCCAGUUAUUUUUGAUUUAAAAAACAAAA